UUUGACAGUUCAGUAAACAGAAUGCGCUCAAAUGUGGGCUUUUAUCUGAAAACACUUUUCGGUAUUAUUUGUUUAUUUUUGUAUUGUGAAUACGUAGUUUAUUACGUUGUUCUGCAAAACUGUGACUGGCCGGAGCUAGAUCCCAAAAAUGAAGACCCUACCGUCGAACAAACUGAAAACAAGCCCGUUAAAGUUAUGGUUCUUGCAGACACACACUUAUUGGGAUCGAGAAAUGGUCAUUGGUUUGAUAAGCUGAGGAGAGAGUGGCAAAUGCAUAGAGCUUUUCAAACGGCUAUAAAUCUGCUUCAGCCUGAGUUAGUUUUUGUUUUGGGAGAUCUGACUGAUGAGGGGCUUUACUGUAGUAAUGUGGAAUUUGAUUAUUACGUGAAGAGAUUUUAUAGUUUGUUUGCUGUACCAGAAACAACGAAAUUAUAUGUAGCUGUGGGUAACCAUGAUAUUGGUUUUCACUACAGAAUAAGUCCAUAUUUAAAUCAACGAUUUGUGUCAGCUUUUAAUGCUCCUGCUGUACAAAUGAUUACAGUACGUGGGAAUCAUUUCAUAUUAGUUAACAGUAUGGCGUUGGAAGGUGAUGGGUGUUUUUUAUGUAAACCAGCUGAACAACAGCUGACAAGAAUCGAAAGGAUUUUGCAGUGUAGUAGAGGAGCAUACAGUGGUAAAUGUGAUUCUAAAACCAAACUUGAUAUUUACAGCAAACCUAUUCUUAUGCAGCAUUAUCCACUGUAUAGACAGUCAGACAUGGAAUGUAGUGAUUUUGACUCAGCCCCACAUCCAAUUAAACAAGAACGUUUUCGCGAACGUUGGGAGUGUUUAAGUCAAGAAGCUACAACACAGCUCUUGAAUCAAAUUAAGCCCAGGUUGGCGUUGUCUGGUCACACCCAUCAUGGAUGUACAAGACUGCUGCCCACUGGUGAUGGAAUAGAAAUUACCAUUCCUAGUUUCAGUUGGAGAAAUAAAGAUAAUCCAAAUUUUGGUCUCGGAGUUUUCACGCCAAACAACUACGCAUUUAUGAAAUGUGAGAUGCCAAAAGAAAGCACUGUCAUUACAAUGUACAUGUUGGGCAUUUCAUUGUUAUUAUUGUGGUUGAUAUACUCAGUCUGCACAAGAACAAGGAGGUAUAAAUACAAAUUGCGCUGACGUUUUUGACCCCUGUGGGGUUAAGUUUGAGUGAUUAUCAAUUAAUUGAUGUCUCAAAACGUGACCACUGAAAAUAAUUGAUCUCUGAAUUUUUCUCAUUAAAACAGACCAAACAUUAUAUCAUUAGUAUUUGAUUGUAGGUUUUAAAACUAUGGUGAGUAUGGGAACAGCUGCAUAGAUUUUGAGCAUAUUGGAAAUUUGAUUUGUUGUAAAAACUGAUAUUUUUUGUGUUAUUAAAUGUGUUAAAUGAAUCACAUAUUUACCAAAACAUUUUUAUUUAUGAUUUUUUAUUGAGGGUCCAGCUUUAUAAGCUAAAACAUGUUAUACAAGCAAUAUCUUAAUUAUGACUGGCAAUAAAAUCACACUGUAAAACAGAAAAGUGUCGUAACAUGUGACGUUACAAGAGUUUAUACAAAACAUUCAUGGGAAUAAAAUUACGGUGCUCGAAAAAUGUAAGGUUAUUUCUGUUUCUAACGGAUCACGUGGCAUUGACAGCUCACAGAAUGAUGUGAUAAGUCAGUAAUACCACCUGUACAGUUGGUAUCAUAGCCAGUUUUAAUUCGUAGUAUUUUAAAUUGAAUGGUCACACAAUAUUGUACCAAUUGUCGUAACUUGAUGUCCCUCUACCUGUGAUUGUAUAUUACCUAUCUUCGCUGUUACACAAAAAAAAAUGCUCAUAGUUUGAUAUUCUUUACUUGGGCUUCCAUGCUUCACUGUUUCAUUUUGUUUAUUUUAUUUGUUUUGAUGAAAAUGUUGAAGAAUCUGAAUCUCAGGGAUAGAUAUUUGAUUUUCGAUUUCGGUUUAUAGAUAUUUAUUUUAAUUCGAAACUGUCUGUCUUGGAAAUGCAAACAUUAAAAUAUUUUAAAGUUUUAAGUAACUGUGAAUAGGUAUCUUUGUAAUGUUAAACAAGUAACUCCCUAAAGAAGACUUCUUCAUUAUUUGAUGUAAUAAGUAUGAUUUGGCAAUUACAACCAUGGAUUUUUCUGCAUACUACUAACUGCAUUCAAUUAUUACAACCAUGUGCCAAAAUUAAAGCAAUCUUGCGGAUUUUUUGAGGAGUAUUAAAUAUCUGCUUGCGAAUUUAAUAACUUAAUUUAACAUAUAUAAAAUGGCUAUAUAUAAAUGGCAUACUUUAUAAAGUUUACAAAAAAUAUGUAUAUGUACUUAUAUCUGUGUAAAAACAUGUUUUCUUAUGACUUUUUAAAGUACCUACUGGGAGGCUUUUUUGAGAAAUUUACUUGUAAUAUCGUUGUAAAUAUGUACGUAUAUGUAAUAUAACUGUAUAGCUGUGUAAAUGUGUCAUAUAGCAUUUUAAUUAAUAAAAUAACCACAACAUAA